CUGUUCUAUAUAAACAUUCAUGUGUUUCAGGGAUUUGUCAGAGUAAUCUGUCAGGCCAAAUGUAAAAUAGAGUUCCAUUAUAACUGUUGGAGAGUCUUCAAAUCCAAACAGGGAGAGAAAAUUGGGGAUAAGGAUAUGUUGGAAAAACCAUGUCCCACCCCUAACUGCGGUACAGUCAUUGUAAAAAUAUCGAUCUUCAGACCAGACACUAAUGAGAAAAUUUUUGAAUCAGAGAAAACAGAAACAAAUAAGAAGCAGGAUAAAAAGAAGAAAACAGUAUUGAAGAUGCCUCCAUCGAAUCAAGAUAAAAUUCAGAAAAAGAUGGAGAAAAAAGAACAGAAAAUGAAAAAGAAGAUGGAGAAUAAAGAGGAGAAAUUGGACCUCGUGGAGGACAUUGAUCAGAUGAUUCAGGAGGAUAAAGCCGAGAGUCAGAGGUCCGGGAUGGCAGCAGGAGGAGAUGGGGAGAAAGGGGAAGUCAUUCUCCCAGAUCACACAAAGCCAGUCUCUGUUCUUCGCAAAGAUGAUGAGGAUGUAAAACUCAACAAGUAUAAGGGAACUAAGAAACAGAAGAACAAGAAAAAGAAAGAGAAAGCUGCCAAACAGACAAUCCCUUUGGAAGUGAACUUUACAGAUGAAAAGGAGAAGACUUUGCUGAAUGAACACUCCAUUCCAGACUCUCCAACUAAAGACUUUUCUGUACCAACAAAUAUUCAUGAAAAGGUUCAAGCUUUUGAAAACUCGUAUGAAUCCAAAAUGGGGAAGACCUUGUAUGAUGAAAUAACAGAAAAUCUUUUCUCAUUUUUUGAGGAUCUUCUUAAGGCACAUGGACCACUUCAUAUUGAGGAUGGUAAACUUACCUCCAUGAUUGAAGAUUUCCCAAAGGAUGCUAAGGAAAAAAUUGAGCAAGUGGGAGGACUAAGCAAUUUCCUUAAACAGUCACUGAAAUUUGCAAUGAUAGAUGACAUUGUGUGUUUGUUAAAGGAUUCUGUGAAAGCUCGGGAAAUAUCACUUGCUCGUGGCCAAGCCAGGCAGACGUUAAUAUCAACUAACUCAAAUAAUGCGUGGAAAACUGUGGGAAAACAUUCAAACUCUGCUAGUGAUAAAUUUUCUUCUUCCUCUUCUUUCAAUUCAUCUGCAAGUUGUGUGACAAGUGAAGAAAAAAUCAAACCAUUUCACAGUCCUUAUCCUGUUAUAGCAUCUGGAGUGGAUUCAUUAGACGACUUUGGUAGCGUAAUAAAAAAAGGAUCCAUCGCAAGUUUGGACGAUGAUUUUGACUUGGGGCCAAUAAGAUCAGGCUCCAAAAUGGACAGUAUUGAUGACAUUCAUUUAAUAUCACCAACAAAAAAGAAAAAAGGUAAAAAUAAGAUCAGUCUGAAGGAACUGGAUGCUAUAGAUUCUCUGUCUUCAUGCUCUGAUAGUGACAGUGAUUCAGCAAGUGAUGAUGGGACAGAGAGCCUUAAUUCUGAUUUUUCUAGCACGAGAUCAGGCAAAGCAUCCUCCAGUGUCAAGCUUCAGAGUGAGAACGGAAGACUAGGUGACUUAAAACAAAACCUGGAUGUAUCCAGUCGGAGUAGUUCCAAGUCGGAUCUGAGUGAAAAAUCAGGAAGUGAUUUGUCAUAUGAUCUUAUGGCAAAGGCCUAUAGAAAUUCUCCCGUUGCAUCCACAUUCGUGAAGGACAAAUCUUUAUUCUUGUCUAGUUCACCUACAGUGUCUGAGAAUGGACGUGCUGCAGAUAAAACUUGGCAAGGACUUGCUGUGCCACAGCCCCUGAAAAUCCCUUCUCAGUUCUCUCAGAGACCCCCUGUUAUGUCGCUUCAGUCAGAGGCAAGUAUUGCUGCAGAAAAGGAGAUUAAUAGAAUAGACACUGAAAUGGUGAAGGAGAUUGCAGAUGACGUGGUUGAAAGACUCUUUUCUGGGAAGAACGUUUCUCCAGCUGAACGUCAGGAGACAUAUAACCGUGUCACACAAGACAUAUGGAAAGACUUCAAGAAAAAACAAACUUCAGCUUCCUCAGUUUGGCCAUUAGACAACAAGUCUCUGUACUCACAAAUGUCUAUGACUGCUUUGGAUAAUAGACAGAAGAAAACUUAUGCUGAACAUUUCAUGAAAAGUCAUUACCAAAAAAAUUUGACUGACCCUUUGCAACAAACACCAGCCGGUCCUCCAUCCUCUUCCAGUUUCCCAUAUCCUAGCAAACCUCCUAUCUCCACAGUGGACAACAGUUUUCCAGCUUUACACACAAUGGACAGAAUUCCCCCUCCCCUCUCUUUACCUGUAUCUUUGUCAUCGGCCAACAGUUACAAUUCCAAUGCACCACUCUCUACAGUGAACCCUGGUAUCUGGUCCAGUUCAUUAGAGACUAGUGUCAGUCAGGGAAUUCCCAGUAUUCCAAAUAUUUCAAAAUUUUCUACACCCCCACCCCCUUUAAAUCUUCCAUCUUUUGCAUCUGGACCGUUUAGUAGUAUAUCUAUAGGGACAUCAGUAACUGAAACGUCUGUUUCGUCUACUUUGUCCUCUGUAUUUGGGAGUCAUGCUGAUAAAAACAGUCAAACCUCUGUGGAAACCCAAGACUGUGAGAUGAACACUGAUCCAUACGAGCCAUACAGGAUAGAAUAUUUACGUAGUCAAGAAGAUUGUGAACAAAUGAAGAACAGUGUGGCCAGACUGCAAUCUCAAGUCCAGGAACGAGAUGCUAUGUUCAGGGAAUGGACCAUCAAAGCUCAGUCCUUAGAAACAGACUUCAAAGGAAGAUCACUUCAGCUGGAGAUGGAGAAAAGAGAAUUAGAUGAAAAAGUUCGGAUUUAUGAACAAGAAAUUUCCCACCUGAAUACAGAGCUUACCAAACAAACCUCAGUUAUUCUAGAUUUACGGGAGAAGAAAAAUCAAACAGACCAGAGAUAUCUUGAUCUUCAAAAACAACAACAUGAUGAAAGAUAUCGAACAUCACAAUUAGAUCUAGAGAAGAUAGAAGCUGUAAGACAUAGAGAGGAACUUCGAAAACUCAGAGAAGAAGAAAGUGAGCGGGCAAUCAGAGCAGAGGUUGAAUUGCUGCAAGUCAAGAAAAACUUUACAUUACAAAUGCUGGAGAGAUCCAAGAUGGAGUACAUGGUGUAUAAAAAUAAAGUCUCUGUGAUUGUCAAAAGGAGGGAGGACGAAGGUAAAACACUACCUUUGGGCCUUAAGCAGCACCUUGAUCAGUACGAAGGGAUUAUACAGAAAUGUGACGAAACCAUCAGCAGGCUUAAGAUUGACUUUGAUGCCCAUAUACAUCAGAUCCAGGGAGGGAAGAGGAUGAGUGAACUGCCCCAGAUCUUCAUCCCCCCUCCUCCCCCGCAACCACAGAUGCCUAAUUUGGACUUGCUAACAGGACAGACUAUGACCAGCACAGCUAGUGCACCUUCAUUACUAGCCCUGGCCACUGGUUCCCUUUCUGGUGGUGCCAUGUCCAAAUCUUCACCUUCCCCACCACUGAGUUCCUCUCAGUCCUCUGCCUCCAACAUUCUACCUCCAUCUAUCCCCAGUGUACAAGCUGUUCCUCAGCCCAAGCCUCUUGGGUUACCCACAGGUGUGGCCGGCUUGUCUCAGCGCCCCCUUGUUACCCCACCUAUCAGCUCCAUGUUACCUCAGAUGUCUCAGGGAGCAGGGCCCCAAAUUCAGCACAAGACAAGUAACUUUGACAAACUGAUCAUCAAGCUGCAGGUGGCUUUCCCUAAAUACAACAGAGCUAUUUUCACCCAGUUGAUUCAGGAGCUGAGGACAAACAGAGGAGGGUCCUUGUCUGGUAUGACUCUGGAUGAGAUUGUGUCCCAGAUAACGGACCUGAUACAUCACCACGAGAGACAGCAGGGCAGGAAGCCUUCUGUAGUGGCCACACAACAGGAUACAAUAACUCCUGGAUUUCCUGAUGACCGUAAUAGAUCCCUGGUACCCCCUGGCCUCUCUCCCUCCUGGGGCCUCCCUGGGACUGACCUGUCCAGUCUGGGGGUCACCAGUGAGGUGUUUGAGGAGGAGGAGGACCCCUGUGUGAUCUGUCAUGAGGAGAUGACCGUCGACACUACUGUCAUGCUGGAGUGUAAACACAGAUUCCAUGAUGAGUGUAUCAGGAAAUGGUUGAGAGAACAGAGCACCUGUCCAAACUGCCGACCAAAGGUCAUCCUGAAGUCCAUAUCUGGAGAGUUUCGAUCAGGGGAGUUAACUGCUAUAAUGGGGCCAUCAGGAGCAGGAAAAUCUUCUCUGAUGAAUAUAUUAGCAGGAUACAGAACCUUAAAUGUGACUGGAAAGAUCCAUGUCAAGGGUAAAGACCGAGACUUACGGACGUUUCGGAAGAUGUCGUGUUACAUCAUGCAGGACGACCACCUGCUUCCUCAUCUAACGGUUGAGGAGUCCAUGAUGUGCUCAGCCAAUCUAAAACUCACCGAGAAAAUGUCCACCAAAGAGAAAGAAGACAGGGUGGAUGAAAUCUUGGAAACUCUGGGACUCCUGGAAACCAAGAAGACGAGAACCAGUAAUUUAUCUGGGGGCCAGAGGAAGCGACUGUCCAUCGCCCUGGAGCUGGUUAACAACCCUCCCCUCAUGUUCUUUGAUGAGCCCACAAG